AUGAGUGAAGUCGACGAAAAAGGAUUGCAGAAAUAUGUGGUCAGCACAGACCGUAGCGGCGACAUUCACCUUCACGUACAGGGUGACUUAAGUCAGCAGGACAAAAGAUGCGUCUUCAUAACAGUCCACGAUCUUGGCACCAACCAUACUUCUAUGGUCGAUUUCGUGAACCACCCUUCAAUGGCCGAGAUAAAGGAACGAUCAUGCUUCAUCCACGUGGAUGUUCCGGGACAUGAGGAGAAUUCACCAGACUUACCCGAGUCCUAUCCGUUCCCAUCGCUACAAACUUUAGGAGAGGAUUUGGUUACGGUUUUGGACUUUCUGCACGUGCGGUACGCGGUAGGUCUGGGCGAAGGCGCCGGCGCCAACGUCCUCGCUCGUUGUGGUCUCGCACACCCUCGUCGUCUCUUAGGCCUCAUCUUAGUUAACUGCACAGCAUCCACGUCAUCUGUAGCCGAUGCAUUCAGGACCAGAUUCUCGCGAUGGAGAGGCACAGAUAUAUCCCAGUCUGAGGAAGAUUUCCUCAUUUACCAUAAGUUCGGACACGUGAGUUUCGUUCCCGACAUCCUUGAUUAUAGCUAUCAGCAAAUCCAAAGCGACACGUACGAGGGCGAGCGCGAGCGCGAGCGCACGCUGGCCGAGUACCGCUCGCGCCUGCGCGGCAACCUCAACACGCACAACAUCAAGCAGUACGUGCGCGCCUUUAUUCACCGCAAGGACUUGGUUCUGAAAGGUUGUCAACCAGACAUCCUUCUAAUAACUGGGAUGCUCAGUCCUUACUCGACUGUGGUGGAGAAAAUGUAUAAGGAGCUGGAUAAGGAGAGGGUCACUAUACUGAAGGUGGAUAAAGUUGGAGAUGUAUUGGCAGAAGCUCCGGCUAAAGUAGCACAAUCCUUGCUACUAUUCUGCCAAGGCCAGAGCCAGUUAACGUCUUUACCUCCACCGGGAGUCGAACGCAGGAUGUCUCGCGCGAUGUCCAUGGAGGAGUACGACAAGCCCAACAUACGGAGACUGUCACUCACACCAAGUGUCUCUGAAUCCCCUCCGCAACGAAAACUG